AUGCCUCGACGAAAUUACGCCAGCGAUGCCUCCCCAACUCCUGCCAACCGUCGCAGACUUCUUCCUAACGCGUACCCCCAACCUGAACAUCCCAUGAACCUCCGAGAUCGAGGUGGUGCACCGGAGUUUCAAAUCCCUCUUCCACCCCCCCCCUACCACCACAACACGAAUCUUCUCGUCGCCGCCGCGAACGGCAGACCGAGUCCGAGCCUGAAGACCCUCGAGCAAGGCAGCGAAAUGAGCGGCGCCGACCCCUCCCGGGGCUCUGAGGGUUCCUCGUGGGAACCAUUCCUGAACCUGACUGUCGAUCACCGGGUUAGUCGGGUUUGGGAGUCCCGUGGUGGAUUAAACCACGGGGAGCCCUUUGAGAUCUGGGAGGAUGACCCGGACGCCGAGCCUCCUAAUCCACCAACUCCGCCUCUCCCAACGGACCGGAGCGAAGAGAAAGAAAACCUCUUCCUGACCAGCUCCGACUACGGCUCCGACAACGAAGAGCAGGAGAAUGACCCGCGCCGCCAGAACAUCGACUUUGACGUCCUGAACGACCGCCGCAUCGAUGCCUAUGGCCCUCCAGUGCCAUCUCGGGUCUUCAACCAGCUGACCAUCGAUUCUGAGGGCAAUGUCGUUCGUCACACCCCCCAACGCCGCACUCCUGUGCCUCUUGAGUUUGUUCGUCCUGCUGUCCGCAUUGAGAUCAUUGAACAGAACAAUGAGGUUGACGAGAAUGAUGAGAACGACGAGAGCGACGACGACAGCGGCGAAGAAGCCGAUGAGCCAAUGGACCUCUGGGAUGAGUCUCUCGAAGAAAACCAAAUUCGCGAGCUCGAGGAGCUGACCGACGUUCAUGUUCGUGCUCACGACCAGCGACAGGCCCACGGUCGUCAGGAGCCCAUGCGCGAUUCUCCCAGCGUUCAAGGUCCCGCCAGUCUUUACUUGGAAGCUCGCCGUAUCACCAUGUACCAGCGCCAGCAAGCCCGCCGUCGAAACCGAGACAUCGUUGAUUAUGGCGACGAAGAUGAUGACUUGUGA